ACGGAUCCUACCCCCAAUGAUGUAAAAACGUGGAUAGAACUACAUCAUGCGAUUAUCUUCAUGUUAUAGUGUUUUAAUUCUGUCUAUUCUACGAUUGUGUCUCAUUGUAACUAGUCAUAGCUUGUGUAAUUCAGGCAAACAAUAUGCUGUUUGUAUUCACACCUAUGCACACAAAAGAAAAGCCAACUUAACAUAUUGCUUAAUCAGGGGAACUCUGAGUUGGGUGGAUUUCAAAAGGACAAGAAGUUGAGCUGAUGUGUUCAAGUUUGUUCACUCAACAAAUACUGCUCGAAGUUAGCUGAAUUUGAACAAGCUUGUUGAAUAAAAUUACAAAUUCAUGUUUGCUCAAAACCAAUCAUCUUCAUAUUUCCCUGCAGGUUUGUUCUCAGAAUUUUGAUUAAUCUCAUGCAACAUUUUUCUGAACUAACUCAAUCUGUUAGUAGUUGGACUUAUUGCACCAGUUACUGAGAUGGCGGUUCCAGUUUAGAUGAUUUAGGUCUCAUUAAUCAAACUUCUCUACCCCAGCAUUCAAUUUUGGAUAUCCUUACUCUGGCUGGAUUCCUCAAAAAAUUACACAUCACUUUGCAAGCCAGCAUACUGUGUUUUGCAGGGUUGUGUCAGACCAGUGUGUUAUGGUGUAAUUAGACCCUCAAAGAAUGAUACAUUGUCAUAAAGAGUUUAAUUAAAAAAAUUACAUUCAAACAUUUUAGAAUUUUAGCAUCCAGGCAAUGGCGGAGAAAUUUCUGCAUACUACGCCUUUUAAAGCUUGCAAAUAUAGUGCUCUGUAAGAUAAUUGACUGACUUACUUGACCUAAGCCUUUGGCUCCUAUGAGGAGCAUAGGCCAUUGACAAAUGUACUCCAUCUCACUCGGUUUGGGGGAAGUGUCACGCCCUGACCUUAGAGACGUUUUAUUUCUCUUUGGUUAGGUCAGGGUGUGAUUUGGGUGGGCAUUCUAUGUUUUCUAUUUCUUUGUUUUUGGCCAAGUGUGGUUCCCAAUCAGAGGCAGCUGUCUAUCAUUGUCUCUGAUUGGGAAUCAUACUUAGGCAGCCUUUUUCCCACCUAAUGUUGUGGGUAAUUAUUUAUUUUCUGUCUGUGCCACAGUUGCGUCACGGUCGGUUUCUGUUUACCUUUUUUUUGGUGAAGGUUUCACUUUAUUAAAGAUGUGGAAUUACAUGCACGUUGCGCCUUGGCUCAUCUAUGACAGGGAGUUUGAAGACAGUGAACGUGACAAAUGGGCUGGGCCUGCUGCACUGUGCCGCCCAGCGGGGUCAUAGCAGAGUGCUGGAGUUCAUCAUGGAGGACCUAGUAGAGGAUGUACUGCUGGACAGGGUGGACAAUUUAAUCCCUCACUCCCUGUUUUACUGUCAGUCUGGGAAGACAGCGUUUCACCUGGCUGCAGAACAUGGACAACUAGAGGUGGUUGAGUUCCUCAUCGGUAUGGGCUGCACUCACGGCCUCAAGGAUAAGGAUGAAAACAUGGCCAUCCAUCUAGCAGCCAAGCAUGGACAUAACGAGGUCCUGCAGAAGUUAGUUGAGACAGGAGUGGACAUUGACGAGAGAAACAUAGACGGACUGACACCUCUGCACCUGUCCUCUGAUGGAGGUCACUAUGAAUGUGUCAAACUACUGCUGGAGGCCUGCUGUAAUGUCAACGCGCUGACAAACAAGAAUAUGAAUGCCCUCCACUACGUGGCCCAGCACGGCUUUGAGAGGGAGACCAGUCUGCUACUGGAGGCGGGCGUCAACACAGACACGGUGGAUGGUCAACACACAUCCCCUCUUCACUUCGCCGUGCUCCACAAUCACACCGAGGUGGUACGGCUGCUAAUAGACGCUGAAUGUGAUCUGGACAUAUCUGACAAUAGGCUCCAAACAGCCCUGCACAUCGCAGCAGAGCAUGGAAGACAAGACAUCGCUGAGAUUAUCCUCAUAGCUGGGGUUAACCUCAAACUACCGGAUAAGCAGGGGAAGACUUCUCUGGAGGUGGCAGCCAGAGGAAACCAUGUCAUCUUAGUGGACAUGAUCAUCAAAGCAGACCGCUUUUACAAGUGGGAAAAGGACAACGUGAUCAGCGAUGAUGAUUUGUGGCUGGGGAAGCAGCUGAGCUUUAAGCAGGACCACCAGGUGGAGACCCAGCACCUGCGCUCUGUCACGUGGAGGCUGGCCACCAAAGACCUGUCCCGCGGGGAGUGGAAGAGCCUCGCACAACACUGGGGCUUCACGGAUGCCCACAUACGCUCCAUAGAGCAGCAGUGGACAGGUACAAAGAGCUUCAAGGAGCAUGGGCACCGUAUGUUGCUGAUCUGGCUGCAUGGAGUAGUCAUCGCAGGGGAGAACCCAAUCAAAGGCCUGUAUGAGGGACUGACGGGGAUCUCCAGGACCGACCUAGCUGAAAGCAUCAGACAGAAGGCAAAUGCAGACACAAGCUCUCCCAAGAAAUGCACCGCCAUGUGAACAAGUCCAUCCUGAAACACACUGAUAUACUGCAGGAAUAAAUGCCCAUCCCAGGGUUCAAAACUACAAAUAGUGUCUGAAUAAAGUUAACACACUGAACAAAAUAUAAAUGCAACAUGUAAAGUGUUGGUCCCAUGUUUAAUGACCUGAAAUAAAUUAUCUCAGAAAUGGUCCAUAUGCACAAAAAGCUUAUUUCUCUCAAAUGUUGUGCACAAAUUUGUUUACAUCCCUGUUAGUGAGCAUUUCUCCUUUGCCAAGAUAAUCCAUCUGCCUGACAGGUGUGGCAUAUCAAGAAGCUGAUUAAACAGCAUGAUCAUUAUACAGGUGUACCUUGUGCUGGGAACGAUAGAAGGCAACUCCAAAAUGUACAGAUUUGUCACACAACACAAUGCCACAGAUGUCUCAUGUUUUGAGGGAGCAUGAAAUUGGAAUGCUGACUGCAUGAAUGUCCACCAGAGCUGUUGCCAGAGAAUUUAAUGUCCAUAAGCCUCAAGUCAUUUGAGAGAAUUUUGCAGUACGUCCAACCGGCCUAAUCCAUAGAUUAGGACCUAAUUCAUUCAUUUCAAUUGACUGCUGUCCUUAUAUAAACUGUAACUCAGUAAAAUCUUUGAAAUUGUUGCAUGUUGUGUUUUAUUUUUGUUCUGUAUAUAUUUAAUACUUAUGGAGGCACCCAUGUAAAUAUAUCUAAUAUGUUAUGGUGCCCAGCAACCUGUAAUUCGACCCCUGGAUCAGUCAAGGAUCCAUGUCUGUCUGUCAUACAGAGAACUAUAGCAGUCAGUGUUUUUCUCUUAGUUCAACUGAAUGAAAUGUUAAGAGUGUUUUUGUGUGUGUGGUGGUGCACUGUAAAUGUGAAAAAUAUUUGCUCUACUGGUGCAGGUGCAAUGAAAAUAAAUGUUCUAAUGAGCCAUUAUAUUUCCAUAUUCAAGGCACGGGCUAACUAUCUAGGCACCAUGCAUUUAAGACCACUUGUUGUUUAGCCUAAAAGGCAAAGAGGGCAUAAUAAAUUAACAAUCACCAUCUUUUUCAUGCCUUUUAAUAAAACAAAUAUUUUACCAUUUAAUUUUUUCAUACCUGAGAAGUAAAAAAUGUUUUCUCUCUACAUCUGCCAUAUUAAUAGAAUGCUUUUUUCAAUGUUUUACUAGCGAGACCACUUGUUUUCUACUGCUUUCAGCUGUGUGGUGAAGUAUUCCACAUUGCUCUCUUCUGUACCGGACUGCAAUGCCAACUCAGUCUACUAAAUUACAACUGUUCAUGACUAUGCAGCUCAAUAACUAAAAUAGGUGGUGGUUCUACCACAUGGUAGAUUUUUACCAUAAGAUGCCAUACAUAUUGUGUAAAGAUCCAUUUUUAACAAAUGCUUAACUGUUUUCUAUUUUCUUGUAUUGAUGGACAAUGCACUGGGAUGGACUGUUAUUUAGUUGAUCACUGUUUGGCUUGUACAUUUAGGUCAAUUAAACUAUUGAUGAUCAACAACUGA